AUGUCUGACGCUUCGUCCACGUCAGGGUCCACUUAUCCAUGCUCACUAUGUCCGAGGACCUACAAGCGACGCGAACACCUACAUCGCCACGUCGCAUCCCACAGUAGCGUCCGCCCCUACCGAUGCACGUUGUGCAACCAGUCAUACCAGAGAGCAGAUAUUCUGAGACGGCAUGUUCAGACUUGCCAGACCAAGCCUCGGGUUGGGGGGAUGCUUAUAUCGUCCAACCGACGGGCAUGUAACCUCUGCGUUCGGCAGAACAAGGCUUGUAGCAUGGGGCAACCAUGCAAUCACUGUCGCCAACGAUCAGUCGAGUGUAGCUAUUCUUUUGGUCUCGGGGCUGUUGAGCCCUCCGGGCGUGAUGCCAUUCAAGAUGUAGAGCUCGAGUCUUUCAUUGAGAUUCAGCCUUUGACUGUGGCCGGAAGCAAUGCCAACCCCCCACCUGUGGUAUUCGGAGAUGACUCACUAUUCGGAUACCUUGGAAGCUACACGUCAGUUUCUGAUAUGCUAGAAGGUUCGGAUAAUAACCAGGAUUGGUUGGACUUCGUUGGUCUAGCUACUGGCACCUUCCAACCGAGUUCAACAAAUGCUAAAACGAGGCUCGAUAACUAUACAUUCCAUUUCCUUGAUAACUUUACCAAAAGAAGCGGACUGGUGGAAUCUUUCGACUGCGGAACAUUUGAACAACGAGUUCAAGUCGUGUCAAACUUCCUAGAGACAGAAGGGUAUGACUCAACGCUGGCACAUAUUGAUUCAGCCAUGCAUCAGACACUGCUGCCCAUAGCCGAUCUUCCAGACCCUCUCAUAAUACAAACACAUCAAAUUCUCCUGGACGUGAAAGAGGUCGUCACUGUGAAACCUCGCAACAGUGUCGUUUCAUUAGAAUGGUCCGCUAUCUUGGAGCAGACUUGUAUGCAAUUCUUCUCACCACCGAAUUUGCGCAGAUUCCUUGAGCUAUUCUGGCAGAUAUGGCAUCCGAAUGUCAACUUUGUACAUCGACCUACCUUUGAGCCGGCAAGUUCCAAGUCUAUACUCGUUGCUGCAAUGGCAUUGAUCGGGGCCAGCGUGUCACCCAAUAAGGCAGAGAAUGAGCAAGCUAAGAUGUGGUUCAACUGUGUGGAGGAAAUGGUCUUUACAGAUGAUGAUUUCUGUCACGAUCCUCUGACCGAUCAAAACACCAUGGCCUUGAACCAGAAUACAAAUACUUCCAAAAUUCAGGCACUCCAGGCAGCAUACAUAGUAUGCCUAUACCAAGGCUGGGAGGGUACUGAGGCAAGUAAGCAAAGAAUCCGCCGAUACCGGUUUAGUACUGUUAUAUCUAUGGCUAGAGAUUUUGGGAUAAUGUCUGCGCGACGUCCGGACUACUCUACCAUAAUUUAUCAUGGAUUUCACUGGAAAGACUUUGCUGCAAGAGAGCAACUUAUCCGCAUUUUCCUAUGGAUAUAUCUUCUCGACCAUGCGUUUGUAAUAUUCAACAAUCUCCCACCAAGAAUGGUUAUCAAAGAGAUGAGUAUGCACAUGGCGUUUCCAGAGGCAGUAUUUCAAGCUACCACUGCCGCGGAGUGUGCUCAAGAGAUUCAUAACUGGCAUCUCCGCUCCGCACCAGUACAAAACAUCACUUUUCGUGAGGUUGUUGAGAGUUUUUGUGGGAACUCGAUUCCGGAAAAGAAGCGACGGUGUUUCUCAGAUCUCGGCCCACUCAAUCUAUUCGCAGUUGUGUCAGGUAACAUUGACCCAGUAUUCCUAUUAAGUAUUGAUUAG